AUGAAUUUGGAAUAUGGACGCUCUCAAAAUAAUGACCUCACCUUGGACUCGGUGGAAAUUGAGGAAAUAUUCCAGGAUCAAGAAAAUGCUGCAGAUCAAACUCACUGGUCGCUCAGUGAACUUAAGGAGAAGUUUAGAAAGAUGGAAAUGGAAGAAUUAUAUAAAAAAUAUCGUGUUCAACAAAGACAUUCUCUGUUAAUAACUUUGAUAGUAAUUGGCCUGGCUAUUGGACUUAGCAUAAUAACAUUGAUGCUGCUCCUUCACAAGAGUUUUUACCGUGAUCUGCCAUCAAUAGUUACAAUCAUAGUAUCCAGUUUCAUCUACGUUUGUCUUCUGAUUUUCCUCUACUUUGAUUUUGUCAUCAAGAACUUCAUGAAACCAAUCUCCAUUAUCGUCUGGUUUUUGUUGGUUUCGACUGCUUACUUACUAAUCGCUUUUAGAACUAUCCACCUACCCACCGAAUUUAUUGGAUUUAUUGCCUUUAUUCUCUUGGUGACUUAUACUCUACUACCACUGUCUGUGAGAGAUGCUUUUAUUGUUGCCAUAGUAACAUGUCUGCCACAUGUUAUUGUAGUUGCUGUCCUGUCCAUUGGUUCCUUGCAAGAUAAAGUUUUACAGGAGAAGUUGCUAUUAUCAGUGUUACCGGCCCAUUUAGCAGUGGAAAUGAGAAACGAAAUGAUACAAAGAAUCCGUGAUGAUCCUCGUCAAUAUCACAGAUUACAUCGCAAUAGUGUUUGUACAACACAUUUCCAUAAUCUUUACGUAAAAAGACACAUGAAUGUAAGUAUUUUAUAUGCAGAUAUUGUUGGUUUCACUGCAUUAGCAAGUGAAUGCUCCGCACCAGAGCUUGUCAAAACAUUGAAUGAAUUGUUCGGAAGAUUUGAUAAACUGGCAGAGGAGAAUAACUGUAUGAGAAUUAAGAUUUUAGGUGAUUGUUAUUAUUGUGUAUCUGGCUUACCUAUAUCAAGACCAACUCAUGCUGAGAACUGUGUUGAAAUGGGUCUUGAUAAUAGAACUGUACGAGAAGCCACCGGUGUAGAUGUUAAUAUGAGAGUUGGUGUACACACUGGUAAUGUACUAUGUGGCGUAUUAGGACUUAGAAAAUGGCAAUAUGAUGUAUGGUCACAUGAUGUCACAUUAGCCAAUCAUAUGGAAUCAGGAGGGUUACCAGGCCGAACCCAUAUUACAGAAGCUACUUUGUGUCAACUUGGUGGUAAAUAUGAAGUGGAACCAGGAAACGGCGGCAAACGUGAUGAAUAUCUUGGAGAUCUCAAUAUAGAAACUUAUCUUGUGAUACCUCCUACUAAGUGUACUGUUGCGCCAUCUCCGUCAACAACCCACAGAAAGGCAUCUGGAAUAAAAAGACGAAAAUCAACAGCCAGGAAAGUCGCCAGAUAUCUAGAAACUUGGGGUGCAGACAAACCAUUUGCUAAUCUAUCUGAAGUUAAUAUGACUGGUAAAGGUGUUGGAUCGGGCUUAUAUGCUAUGCAAGUUAAUAUGUUGGCAAUGACUAACAUUGAUCAUCAGUCAAAGGUAGCAUACAGGAAUAAAGUAAUGGAGCGAAAGGUUAGUGAGCGUCUUUUAGAAGCAAUUGAUGGCAAAGCAGCAGAAAAGCAGUGGUUGAAGUCAGAAGACAUAAUGAGAGGAACAUUGUUAUUUUUAGAUGAAGAAAGAGAAAAACAGUAUGGUAAAUUGAAGGACCCAUUUUUCAAGUCGUAUCUUGGCUGUGCAUUCAUCCUCUUUCUAUGUAUGGCAAUUGUGCAGUUUAUUGUCAUGCCGAAGACAAUGAUGUUGUUCAUAAGCUAUGCGGUGUCUUGUAUUCUGUUGUUAUCUAUUCUCUUCAUUGCCAUUGCAAAGCACAUAUUUUGUUACUGUAAACAAACACCAUCAUGGAUAACAGAUUCAGUUAAUGCAGUACUAAGAAAUCGAUGGCUAAGAAGAUUGUUGGCAUCUAUCACUGUGAUCAUUAUCUAUGUCAUGGCCGUCAUUAAUAUUUUAAGUUGCAGUGUAUCAUCGUCAGAAUCAAUACAGCUGUCAUCAAAUAAUGACUCAGUAGAGGCGAAUCAGACUGUUUCUUAUGAAUUAACCUGUCCAUACCCUACUUAUUUUAUAUUUAGUUGCAUAUUAGCAAUGGUUGCCAGCAUGGUGUUUUUACGUAUUACAUAUUGGAUGAAAGCCAUAUUUAUGUUGGCAGCUCUGACUGCAUAUAUCGUUAUUCUAAACUACACACACAAAUUGGUGUUUGAUGCCUAUGAUUAUACACUUUACCUUAAUACAGGUACUAGACUCUACAAUUGUUACACUCCUGAAACCACUGCUUAUCUAAUGGAGUAUACAGCUAGGUUAGAUUUUUUAUGGCAGUCAAAGUUUGGUGUUGAGCGAGAAGAAGUGGAAACCAUGGAGUCGCUAAAUAAAGUCCUUUUAGAAAAUGUACUCCCUAAACAUGUGGCAGAACAUUUCUUAAAAAGUGGCAUGAAAUCUGAUGAGCUAUACCAUCAGGGCUACAGUUUAGUUGCUGUGAUGUUUGCAUCAAUACCAAACUACAAAGAGUUUUAUACAGAGACAGAUGUGAACAAAGAAGGGCUGGAAUGUCUGAGACUCUUAAAUGAAAUCAUUGCUGAUUUUGAUGAGUUGUUGUCCAAGCCUAAAUACAGCUGUGUGGAGAAGAUUAAAACAAUUGGCAGCACUUACAUGGCAGCAGCAGGGCUCCAUCAAAGUGAAGAAAAUGAUGAACGGCCGCUUGAAAAACUUGCUGAGGAAAAUGCCUUAUAUUAUGUUGGUGUAUUAAAUGAGUUUGCCAUGGCAAUGAUGCAAAAAUUAGAUAUUAUUAAUAAACAUUCUUUUAAUGAUUUUAAACUCAGAAUAGGUAUCAAUCAUGGCCCUGUUGUGGCAGGAGUAAUUGGUGCAAGGAAACCACAGUAUGACAUAUGGGGUAAUACUGUUAAUGUUGCAAGUCGAAUGGAUUCUACAGGGGUUAUUGGAUGUAUACAGGUGACUGAAGAAACAAGUAAAGUGUUAUCAGAACUGGGGUUUGUAUGCGAGACUCGAGGUUAUGUGUCUGUUAAAGGCAAAGGACAACUAAAAACAUUUCUUGUACGCAAACUGGACAAAUCUCUAUCACAGGCAGCUAUUCACUAG